AUGAUUCGCGCCACCUUAUCAAACUUGCGCCGCGUGCAGCAACGCAGUAUCUCAGUCUCAUCUUGUCGUCAAUGGACUCAAGUUCACUCGCAUAUGCAAGUAGGUGACAACCAUAACAAGCUCUUAAGUUUGCCGCAAACUGUGUCUAUAAUUGGUGCUCCCAUGACGUAUGGUCAGCCGCUGUUGGGUGCGGACGACGGACCCGAUCUACUGCGCAAAGCGGGGCUACAUAAAGCAUUAGUCGGCUUAGGCUGGUCUGUGGAGGAGAAUGGAAAUCUCAAAUUUAAGGCGCCAGCCUAUGAUGACCCUAAGCUUGAUCCUUGCUACGGAAAGGCCAAACAAUGUUUUCCUGUUGGCAAUGGAAUGAAACAAUUGUACGAGAUCUUCAAGCAAAAGGCUGAAGAGGGAAAGUUUUGUUUGGUGCUAGGUGGCGAUCACACCAUCGGUGCUGGCUCCCUAGCAGGUUUAUUGUCAGUUCACCCAGACGCAGGAGUGAUCUGGGUGGACGCACACGCUGACAUCAACACACCAGCGGACUCAGAAUCUGGCAACAUGCAUGGUAUGCCAAUUGCCUUUCUCAUGGAUGGUAUGGUGGACAGCUCGAACGUUCCAGGCUUCGAAUGGCUUGCAAACGUCCCCAAGAUGAAACCAGAGCAGCUUGUAUAUGUCGGUCUGCGCGAUGUUGACUCGUUCGAGCGUCGCGUGAUUCAUGAAAAGGACAUCAAGGCGUUCAGUAUGCAGGAUGUGGAUCGGCACGGUAUUGGUAAAACAAUGGAAAUGGCUCUCGAUCACCUUUGCGGUAGGAAGCAACGACCACUACACAUGAGCUACGAUAUUGAUGCAGUGGACCCAUUAGUUGCCCCUUCUACGGGUACGCGUGUACGUGGAGGACUCACCUGGCGCGAGGCGCAUUAUGUUGCUGAAGCUGUGGCAGAAACGAAUUUGAUGGUGGGUUUAGAUAUGGUGGAGGUGAAUCCAACGCUCUCGCCCGGCGAUGGAGCUCAGAUUACUGUCGACAUGGCGCUGCUUCUUAUUUCAUCAGCUCUAGGUAAUCGUAUCUUGUAA